AAUAGAGGUCAUUUCUAUUCUACUUGUGAAUAAUAUACAUGUGUUUACAACGUAUUAGUCAUCAGUUUUCCAUAUAAGAUUGAGUUGCUUUUUGAAGUGCCAUUUUAGAGAUAGAUCGUCCAUGUUUCGUCUAAUGCUAUCUCGUUUGUGGUGCUGUACAUGCAAUCCCGUCCAAUGUAAAGGAGUAGUUCGGAAUUUUAGUUCCUCUAUACCGUUGUCAAGACAGCGUUUAGUGAUCCUGGGUACUGGAUGGGGAAGCUACAGUGUCCUGAAGCACAUCGACAAGAAACUGUUUGAUGUAAUAGUAGUCAGUCCAAGAAAUCACUUUCUGUUUACGCCAUUAUUGUGUAGUACAACAGUCGGUACUCUUGAAUUUCGCAGCAUUAUUGAGCCAGUGAGAAAUACAGGAUUUAGAGAUGAGCAUCACUUUCAGCUCGCCGAAGCAAUCAAACUUUGCCCUGAACAGCGAGAAAUAACUUGUCGAAGCACUCUGAAUGAAGAAGAGAUCAAAUUYCAGUAUGACAAACUUGUAAUCGGUGUUGGUGCUGUCAGCAACACUUUUGGUGUCCCAGGAGUCUACGAAAAUGCUUUCUUUUUAAAAGAAAUUGCCGAUGCAAGAAAGAUAAGAAAUCAAAUUCUUAAAAAUUUUGAGCUUGCAAUGCAGCCUGGGAUUGAUGAGGACGAAAAGAAACGUUUAUUACAUUUUGUGAUAGUUGGUGGGGGACCYACAGGGGUUGAGUUUGGAGCAGAACUGUAUGACUUUGUAAAGCAGGAUGUUGCAAGGUUGUAUGCCCAUGAGAAAGAGAAUGUUAGAGUAACACUUAUAGAGGCUCAACAUAUCCUGCCRUCAUUUGAUGAGAAACUCCGUCAAUUUGCUGAAAGGAAGAUGAGACAGCGCAAUCAGUUUAAAUUGCUUCAAAGUAGUGUUACUGAAGUUCAUAAAGAUGGUGUUACACUAAAGGAUGGAACCAGAAUGCCAUGCAGUAUGGUGGUAUGGUCAACAGGGCUGGCGCCUAGAGACUUUACAGCUUCACUUAAUCUGCCCAAGAAUAAAUCACAACAACUUGUUGUAGAUGGUUACCUCAAAAUCAAAGGACAAGAGGAUUAUGGGAUAUUUGCUUUGGGAGACUGUUCAUUUGUUGAGAGCCACCCCUACCCAUGUACUGCUCAGGUUGCAGAGAGACAAGGCCAGUAUCUUGCCAAAUCAUUGACCCUGUAUGCAACAGGAAGACAGUCAGAGGUUCAGGAGUUCUCCUGGAUAAACCUUGGUAUGCUGGCGUAUGUAGGUGGKUACCAGGGCCUGGCUGACUUCCCAACYGGAAAGCUACAGGGUUUUAAGUCAUGGAUUGUAUGGAGGUCUGUGUAUUUAACUAAGCUGGGUAGCUGGAGAGGAAGAUUUCAAGUCCCAUUUGAUUGGGCAAGAACGUUUUUCUUUGGCAGAGACAUUUCACAGUUCUAAGUCAACCAGUCUAGUGAUUUUAUUUAGUUAAGCGCUCCGCCUCCCCCCACCCCCAAGUGACAUUUGCUGAUUAUUUGAAAAUUUGUCAUUUCUUGAAAUUARAAUUAGCCGAUGAAAAACAUAAAUUCAGCUUAUUUCACGAAGGCCUCAUAGUGCCUAUUACAUUCGUCUAUGUAAUGMAUUUAAAGAACUGUAAUGAAAGCAAUUUUAAUUAAUGACCUAAGGAAAUAAAUAAUCCAUUGAAUUCA